AUGGCGACCAUGCCGACUAAGGAGGACAAAGCAGUGGUGGCAGUGGUGGCAACGCCGCAAGCAGCGACCCCGCCACCUUCGCCAGACGGCUUCAGCGGCGUUUGCAAAGCUGGAAGCAAAGGCGCAUCGCCGGCCCUUAAGGGCCCUGUGCCAUCUGCACCGUCUGCACGCUUCGGUGGCGUCUUCAAGUCAGGUGGUGGGGACACUGCUCUGUAUCUCUGUGGUACAGAAGCCCUUGGGACUUGGCAUGGCGUGAUCAUCGUCUCAGCCUUGGCUGCUGGCUCUCGUCAUUUCUGGAUGGGCAGGUGUUGGUGCAGCCAGGUGACCCGGCGUGACUUUGGUGGCGGGCAGAAACUUCUAAAGAUUCCUUGCCCCGGCAUCUCCAUCCACGGUGCGUGCAUCUGGCACUCCGGCCUCGGUGUGGAGGUAGAUCUUGGCCUGAGGUUUACAAAGCCCGGGCUCGUGCAAGCCCGACUUGACCCGUCGUCUUCCGAGGCCUUCGAGUUCCGACAAGACGAGCAGAAAGCACUUCCCUCACCUGCAGGCGCUGAGAUGGAGGACCGGCGUUAUGUGCAGUCUCUCCAGAAGAAGCUGGAGCCCAUCUUUGCAUGCCAAGCGGUGCCCCAGAAGCCUGACGAGUACGAGGAACCUGCAACCGAGACGUGUGUCCCUUCGGAGGAGAGGGCUUCGGAGGGUGAGUCGUCGGAGAUGUCGACUGAGGACAAGGACUUCAACUUCUGCUUCUUGCAACGCAGCAACCGCUCGGCAGCUUCGGACAAAGACCACCGUCAGGUGAUCAAGGAGGUGAGUCAGCGUGAGUUGGGUUUUCUCCUCCGACGCCUGCAGUCCAGGGUGGUGGAGAACUGCUUCGAGCUCGAAGCACAGGAUGUGUUGCAGCUUUUCGAGGCACAGCUCAAACAACUGAGGGCCACUCCCAGGAAGGUACCCAAGACCAACGUCAUGAACUUCGAGAUGGCUCUCACCCGGAUGACUUUCGUCAGCUUGGGCAUCAUUGGCACGUGCUAUGAGCCCGAGCUGCUCCUGGCUUCGUGUAUUCCUUCAUGGCCUGGUCGAUUGUGGAAAUCACGACGCUCGUGCUCCAAAGCAUCGGAAAGCCUUUUUCUCUAG